CAGCAAUUGUGAUUUGAGAUUUUGAGGUGAAAAGAAAACGAGAGAAUCAUAAAGUGGUGGCUCCCGUUAAUCCAAUAGUAUUCAUUCCUUGUCCACACUCUAAGCAGGUGAUGAGUGAUGAUCGCAGCAUGCAGAACUUGUUGUUGUUCAACCUCAACGACAACUACCACCAGCUUUGGAGCUCCAACCACCUUAUCCCUAUCCAGAUCAGCCGCAUUCCUAUCUCUCAGCUUCAACCUUCUUCGCAGCAAGAGCAUUGCUGUUUCUUCAACACCUUCCGUACGCUGCAGAAGCCACUUCAGCAAUGAUAGUGGAAAUGGAGGAGGAGGAGACACUGACACAGAGGUCAACUGCGAGGUCCAUGUGGUUUCAUGGAGGGAACGCAGAGUUAAGGCUUCCAUUUCCAUUGAUUCUGACAUUGAAUCCGUUUGGAAGGCUCUCACUGAUUAUGAGCAUCUUGCCGAUUUCAUACCAAAUCUUGUUUGGAGUGGACAAAUUCCUUGUCCGUUCCCCGGACGAAUAUGGUUAGAGCAGAGAGGGUUUCAGAGGGCAAUGUAUUGGCACAUUGAAGCUCGUGUUGUGUUGGAUCUUCAGGAAUUCUUCAAUUCUACAUGGGAUCGAGAACUUCGCUUUUCCAUGGUUGAUGGAGACUUUAAGAAGUUUGAGGGCAAAUGGUCCUUAAAAUGUGGAACAAGGUCAUCAACAACUAAUUUAUCUUAUGAAGUUAAUGUGAUACCAAGAUUGAAUUUCCCAGCUAUUUUAUUGGAAAGGAUUAUUAGGUCAGAUCUUCCAGUAAACCUCCGAGCCUUGGCAUGUAGAGUUGAAAAUAAUAUCAUGGGAAAUCAGAAACUUUCCAUUGCAGAUAAUCACUUGGAUAAAACUCCUGGGGCUAUUAAUGGGUCAUCAGUCAAAAAGAUAAAUGGCGCUUUGUCUGAGAGUGAUAAAUUACUAAGUGAAGAUAACAAAGAAGGUCUGGCCAGCUCAAUUAGGCCUUGUGUGGUGGAUGAAAUUCAUCUACGCAGAUUUGAUGGACUUUUGGAAAAUGGAGGUGUUCAUCGUGGUGUUGUUGCAAGCAUAACAGUUAAGGCUCCUGUUUGUGAAGUAUGGAAUGUUCUAUCUUCCUAUGAGAGACUUCCAGAGAUAGUUCCAAACUUGGCAAUCAGUAAGAUUUUAUCCCGAGAUAACAAUAAAGUCCGCAUUCUUCAGGAAGGGUGUAAGGGCCUGCUGUAUAUGGUGCUUCAUGCUCGUGUUGUGUUAGAUUUGUGUGAAUAUCUAGAACAAGAGAUCACAUUUGAACAGGUUGAAGGGGACUUUGACUCAUUCCAAGGAAAAUGGAUCUUUGAGCAACUAGGAAAUCAUCACACAUUGCUAAAGUACUCUGUGGAGUCGAAAAUGCGCAAAGAUACUUUUCUUUCUGAAUCUAUCAUGGAAGAGGUCAUUUAUGAAGAUCUCCCAUCAAACUUGUGUGCAAUAAGAGACUAUGUUGAGAACAGGACAGCAUCACAUUCUUUGGAAGUUUUUGAGGACAUUACAGAAACAGGGCAAGAAAUUGUUACAUCUGCCUCUGGAGGUGAUGAUGGCUGUAGUUCCGCUGACGACUUAUCCAAUAGCAAUGCUCAAAGUUCAUCUCGUCAAAAGCCAAGAGUUCCAGGUCUACAGAGAGAUAUUGAAGUCCUAAAGUCUGAACUUCUAAAAUUCAUUGCAGAAUAUGGACAGGAAGGAUUUAUGCCAAUGAGGAAGCAACUUCGAUUGCAUGGAAGGGUGGAUAUUGAAAAGGCUAUAACUCGCAUGGGUGGAUUCAGGAAAAUCGCAUCAAUAAUGAACCUCUCUUUGGCUUACAAACACCGCAAACCAAAGGGAUACUGGGAUGAUCUUGAAAAUUUGAAAAAUGAGAUAAGUAGAUUUCAAAGAAGCUGGGGGAUGGACCCUUCCUUUAUGCCCAGUAGAAAAUCGUUUGAACGUGCAGGGCGUUUUGACAUUGCACGUGCUCUGGAAAAAUGGGGUGGACUUCAUGAGGUUUCUCGCCUUCUGUCGCUGAAGGUGAGGAGAAAACGAAGAAGACAGGGCAACCUUGCCAAGGAUAAGAAAAUUGACCCAGUAACAGCCACACAUGAACAUGAUGUAGGCAGUGAAACCAAGACACCAAGACAGAUGUGGCUUGCUGGACUAAAACAAAUAGACGAGGACAUAAAUUGGGUUGGGUAACAUUGUAUUUUUACCUAUAUAUGUAUAGAACUAUAGGCAAGUGUUCAUAGGUCAAUAUUUCUUUUUUGCGUCCUUAUUAUGUCCAAAUUGACCUGAGGGAAGUAAUUGUAAAUUUUGGGUUUCCAAUCCGCAGCUCCUGAAAGCUGCUAAAAAUCCAGAGUUUAUAGCAUUGAUCAAAUACCUCUGCAUUCUAGAUUUCUAGUUUAUAGAUUGA